GUCUUGCCCACCCGAACCCUAUCCAAACCCACGACCAGAUCUGGGCCAGACAGGAGCAAGCUGUGGGGCCCAGAGGACGGCAGGACAGCCACGCUUCCACAGCCCUUGCUUCGUCCAUCGGGUUCUUACUGACUCCAGGCGAGUAGGUGUGUUCUGCGUGGUGAGUGGCCCUGGCAUGACACAUCAGGAAAUAUGUCAUAUUGUCAUCACUGUACUAUUGCAAGAAUUGCAGCCGUAGCUUCCUUCCACCUGUGGCUGGGACCUUUAUAAGGUGAACAAGCACAUUCCCAUCCAGUCUCAGCUCGCAGAGAAGCCUGUUGGCCAUGAGGAUCCACUACCUCCUGUACGCGCUGCUCGUCCUGUUUCUGAUGCCCGUUCCAGGGGACGGAGGCCUCAUAAACACGCUGCAGAGGUACUACUGCAGGAUCCGCGGGGGCCGCUGUGCCGUGCUGAGCUGCCUGCCCAGGGAGGAGCAGAUAGGCCGCUGCUCUUCCGGCGGCCGAAAAUGCUGCCGGAGAAAGAAAUGACAGUUCCAGAAACGUGAAGAAAAUGUUGUAAAGGGGGAGAAUGCCUUUGUAAAGCUUAUAAAAGUAAAAUCGAAGUAAAUGGGUUUUUUAAAUAAAAUAGAAGCUUGAGUUUUUUAAAAAAGAAUAUGGCUAUUGUGGGAGUUGUUACCAAAUAAACAACGAAGAAAACCUUAA